AGAGAGAAAGUCAGAGAAAGAGAGAAAGUCAGAGAGAAAGAGAGUUAAGAGUGGUUGAGUUUGGGCUGUGAUGAUGUCACUAGGCGACAACUUUGGGGUUUAGUUAUGGCGGAGCUGAGCUCAGAGAGGAGUUGGGCAAAGUUUGAGAUUCAAGUGGGGCAAUGGAUCUGUACUGAUUUCGCUUCACUUCUCGCAGUUUAAAAGAAAGAGGGGGAAAGGGGUGUGUGUGGGUGUGGUGGGGGGGGGGGAGGAGAACAAGCGAUCGCCUGACCCACCGACCACAUACAUCACAUCACAUACAGAGAGUCACAGCGUUCCGAGCUUACCUGAGCAGUAUGGAGUGUAACCCCAGCUUCCUGAAGUCCUUCAGCAAUGGUUUCAAUGUCCAGGACGCUUUCCUCGAUAGUUCUGCCUCCGUCUCGCCCACCUUCUCCCAGCACUUUGCGUACCGGCGGGAAUCCGAAGAUGGCAGAUUGUCAGAUGUGUUCAAGGCCAGCGGCACCAUUCGGGUUUACCUGCCAAACAAACAACGCACCGUGGUGAAUGUGCGGCCAGGUAUGACGGUGCAGGACAGCCUGAAGAAGGCGCUGAAGGUGCGCGGGCUGCAGCCGGAUUGCUGUGCCGUCUUCAGGCUCCCACAUGAAGGCCCAAAAUACCGUAUAGACUGGGGCACGGACGCCACCUCCCUGAUUGGUGAGGAGCUGGUGGUCCAGGUACUCGAUCAUCUCCCCUUAACCACACACAACUUCGUUCGGAAAACCUUCCUGAAGCUGGCGUUCUGUGACAUCUGUCAGAAGUUCCUGUUGAAUGGUUUCCGCUGUCAGACGUGCGGCUACAAGUUCCACGAGCACUGCAGCUCCCGCGUGCCCACCAUGUGCAUCGACUGGAGCAACGUCAGAGCGUACCAGGCCACAGCACCGUAUUACCGGCAGGCAGCAGGAGAGGGGGUGGUCCCCUCCAUCACCCAGAUGACCACCCGCCGUGUCCGGGAGUCUCUCUCACGCCUCCCUGAGAGCUUACAGUACCGGAACUCCACCUCCCAGGCCGACCACUGCUCACUGCCCUUUCCGCUCGGAGAAGGUCAACUGUGCCAACGACAACGAUCGUCCUCCACUCCCAAUGUCCACAUGUCCAGCACACACAUGCCCGUCGACAGCAACGUCAUAGAGGACGCGAUAAGAAGUUACAAUCCAUCAGUCUCCCCGUCCGCGAUCUCACAUAGCCCGCCCAGCGUCAGCCCCACACGGGAGCCCAAACCCAAGUCUCCAAUUCAAACCCAUCGAGGUGGGAGGUCGCCCACAACGCCUGACGGAGCAACAAAGAUUCGUCCCCGUGUGCAGCGGGAUUCCAGUUACUAUUGGGAGAUAAAAGGGGACGAGGUGGUGCUGGUGAAGAGGAUCGGCUCCGGCUCAUUCGGGACAGUGUAUAAAGGGAAAUGGCACGGUGAUGUGGCUGUGAAGAUCCUGAAAGUCACUGACCCGACCCCGGAGCAGCUCCAGGCGUUCCGCAAUGAGGUGCAGGUUCUCAGGAAGACUCGGCACGUCAACAUCCUGCUCUUCAUGGGCUACAUGACCACCUUCAACCUGGCCAUCGUGACCCAGUGGUGUGAGGGCAGCAGCCUGUACAAACACCUGCAUGUCCAGGACACCAAGUUCCAGACCUUCCAGCUGAUCGACAUCGCCCGGCAGGCAGCACAGGGCAUGGAUUACUUACAUGCGAAGAAUAUUAUCCACAGGGACAUGAAAUCUAACAACAUUUUCCUCCACGAGGGGCUGACGGUGAAGAUCGGGGACUUUGGUUUGGCCACCGUCAAGUCACGCUGGAGCGGCUCCCAGCAGGUGGAGCAGCCGACAGGCUCCAUCCUCUGGAUGGCCCCCGAGGUAAUCCGGAUGGAGGAGGUUAACCCCUACAGUUUCCAGUCUGACGUCUAUUCGUACGGUAUCGUGCUGUAUGAGCUGAUGACGGGGGAUUUACCGUACUCUCACGUCAACAACCGCGAUCAGAUCAUCUUCAUGGUGGGGAGAGGCUUCCUGACCCCCGACCUCAGCAAACUCUACAAAAACUGCCCCAAGACGAUGAAGAGACUGGUGUCAGACUGUGUGAGCAGAGAGAAAGAACAGCGGCCGCUCUUCCCACAGAUUUUAGCUUCCGUUGAGGUGUUACAACAUUCACUGCCGAAGAUCCACCGCAGUGCGUCCGAGCCCUCACUGCACCGAGCGGCACAGAACGAGGACCUCAAUCCCUUCGCCCUGACCUCUACCAAACUGGUUGUUUGCUAGCCGAGCUCAGAGGGGGGAGCAGGCGGGGGGUGGGGGGGAGCGAAUUGUGGCUUCCCCCUGCGGACAAUACCUGGGGGUCUGGGGUGGAGAGGGGCCUUUACUCCUCCACCUCCUAGCAAAAAAAAAUUGAUCCUGAUAAAAAGCUGCUACUGGUCAGGUUUGGUUUGCAAACCUGUUCGGAUCAAACGAUAGGUCAUUUAACUCCCGUCGAGCAGAUUUACAGCGAAAACAUCACAGGCCGUCGCCCAGAGAGUGGAGCAGCCGAGCCACCGGCUUCAUUCAGCUCAGCUCAACGUCUGCCAUCAGCCUUCGUCACCGGCUCCGAGACGUCACUUGCACUUAAUUCAGAACGGCUGGGUCGGAGAUGGUGUUUUUUCAUCUCGCUCGCUCUCGCUCAAAUUCGCCCACAGACUGGCUAUACAGAUGAGGUGCUGUGUUGGUGGGCUGGUUCUCUUUCAAACAAAGGCCAAGAGAGCGAGCAAACUUGCGACAGAUUUUAAACUGACAGUAGUUCCGAGAUGCACUAAUGUGGUAAAAGCUGUGAGUGUCUGAUACAAGUGUUGAAGUGAUUAUAAAUAAUGGAGUUUUAAUUUUGUUUGCGUGAGUGUGACUGUAUGUGUGUGAGUGUGU